UUUUAAAGAGUUUGAAAGACAAAUACUUAUAUACAUGUACAAUGAUUGUUACUGAAGAGAAGGACAGAUAUUCAGAAGAAAUAGACAUCCCACAUGUCCCAGCAGAACAAAAAUCAGCAUCCCAUAAAAGUUUGAUCCAGAUUACACAAGAAAAAGAAAUAAAUCAGCUUGAAGAAGAGAUCAAAAUUUUAGAAAGUUUGCUUCAGCAAAGAAAAGAAUUACUUAACAAGCAUUUUGAAAAGAAACAUAGCAAUGUUGAUAAAUCCCCAAAAACAGUAGAAGAUUACAAAGAGGAAUGUGAAGAUAUCCAAAGGAAGAUUGAGCUUACAACAAAAUUAGCAGGAAUAUCAAUUCAAGAGCUGACCCAUAAUUCAUUAAAAUCAGGUGAUAUUGUGCGAUAUAAUCUGAAGGGACAGUGUAUGGACAUUUCAUUUAAAGUAGAAUUUGAAUGCCUAGAAACUAAUGAAGAUGACAACAGUUUAAAAAUAACUAAACUGGAUAUAUAUGUUCCUGAAAAUAUACAGGAUGAAUUACAGAAAUGUCUAAUCAGCAUGUCUGAGGACAGAUCUAUUUGGAGUUUUUUCCAGUUGAUUGUUCCAUACUCUAGAUGGCACAAACAAAGAAUAAAAACAUUUCAACAUUUUGUUGACAAAUAUCCAGAUUCUGUUAAAGUGGAGGAGGAAAGUUUCAUUCCAUAUCUAAUCAUCAAAAAUAAUACAGUGUCACAAGGUCCUGUUUUUUGUAUCAGUUGGAAGUUUGAAGUAGACCAAGUUUAUAGAGCUAAGUCAAGAUUAACACUUUCAAUGAAGAUUCCUGAUUACAUUGAACAGCAAGAUAAGGACCAAACAUUACAGAGAUCCACAGAAAGAUUUGAAGACACAGUAGAAGAAUUAGGAAUUGAACAUGCCAUUGAAACUAUUAUUAAAUUAGCUUCACUUUGUAAAAAUUAGAUAUAUUUGGAUAAGACUACAUUGUUGCUCUAGUUGUAGAAUUGUACAGAUAAAUAAAAAUUCAUGUUAUUGUUCA